AUGGCGGGCGCUUCAGUCAAGGUGGCCGUGCGUGUCCGCCCGUUCAACACCAGGGAGACGGGGCGCAACGCCAAGUGUGUCAUCCGGAUGCAGGGAAACACCACCUGCAUCGUCAACCCCAAGCAGCCCAAAGACGCCGCCAAGAACUUCACUUUUGACUACUCCUACUGGUCGCACACCGAGGCGGAAGACCCGGCCUUCGCCAGCCAGCGUCAGGUCUACGAAGAUAUCGGCGAGGAGAUGCUGCUGCACGCCUUCGAAGGUUACAACGUCUGCAUUUUCGCGUACGGCCAGACGGGGGCGGGGAAGAGCUACACCAUGAUGGGCAAACAGGAAACUGGGCAGGAAGGCAUCAUUCCUUCACUGUGCGAGGACUUGUUCCGGAGAACCGGGGCCAACACCGAUCCCGAGCUGAACUAUUCCGUGGAGGUGUCCUACAUGGAGAUCUACUGCGAACGCGUUCGGGAUCUGUUGAACCCGAAGUCUCGGGGGACCCUGCGGGUGAGGGAGCACCCCAUUCUUGGGCCCUACGUGGAGGAUUUGUCCAAGCUGGCUGUGACCGGAUUCCCUGAUAUCCGAGACCUGAUGGAUGCUGGGAACAAAGCCCGGACGGUGGCGGCCACCAACAUGAACGAGACCUCGUCGCGCUCGCACGCCGUUUUCACCAUCGUCUUUGGCCAACGCCGCCGCGACGCCGUGACCCAACUGGACACGGAAAAGGUCAGUAAAAUCAGUCUGGUGGACCUGGCGGGAAGCGAACGCGCCGACUCUUCGGGGGCUAAAGGCAUGCGACUCAAGGAAGGUGCUAACAUCAACAAGUCCCUCACCACGUUGGGAAAGGUCAUCUCCGCCCUGGCCGACAUGCAGAGUAACAAGAAGCGGAAAAGCGACUUUAUUCCGUACAGAGACUCGGUGCUGACGUGGCUUCUCAAGGAGAAUCUGGGCGGAAACUCUCGCACGGCCAUGAUCGCCGCUCUGAGUCCCGCCGACAUCAACUACGAAGAAACGCUCAGUACUUUGAGGUACGCCGACCGAGCCAAACAGAUCCGCUGCAACGCCAUCAUCAACGAGGACCCCAACGCCAAACUGAUCCGAGAGCUGAAAGGGGAAGUGGAACGACUCCGGAACCUUCUUUUCGCCCAGGGCUUGCACGAGCUCAUCCGCAACCAGGCCGACAACAACGGCUCCUCCUCAGGAGGCGGGUCCUCCCCGCCGACCGUGGCGGCCCACGAAACGGCCCUUCCGAAAAUUUCGGUCGACGCGUCUGCGGAUGUCCGUCGUCUUCCGGUCGAAGAUGAGGAGGCGGCGGCGGAAACCAUCAGUAAAGAGGAGGCGGCCGAGCGACUCCUGGAGACGGAAAAAAUCAUGGCCGAGCUCAACGAGACUUGGGAGGAGAAGUUGAGGAAGACGGAAUCCAUACGUUUAGAAAGGGAGUCGCUCUUGGCCGAGAUGGGCGUGUCCAUUAAAGAAGACGGAGGGACUCUCGGUGUCUUCUCUCCAAAAGGGACCCCCCACCUGGUCAACCUGAACGAAGACCCUCUCAUGUCCGAGUGUCUCUUGUACUACAUCAAGGAAGGAUUCACCAGGGUGGGACAGCAGGACGUGGACAUCAAGUUAUCCGGUCACUUCAUCAAGGAGAUCCACUGUGUGUUUGUGAGCGAGACAAACGAGCAGGGAGAAGUGGUGGUGACCCUGGAGCCGCUGGUGGGGGCGGAAACCUACGUCAACGGGAAGGAGAUUACCGAGGCGGUGGUCCUCAAGCAAGGCAACCGUAUCGUGAUGGGCAAAAACCACGUGUUCCGCUUCAACCACCCGGAGCAAGCGAGGCUGGAGCGCGAGCGAAGCGUCACGGCCGAACAGCAGGGGGAGCCGGAGGACUGGACGUACGCUCAGCGCGAGCUCCUGGAGAAGCAAGGCGUGGACAUCAAAUUGGACAUGGAGAAAAGGCUUCAGGACAUGGAGACGCAAUACCGCAAGGAGAAGGAGGAAGCCGACCUGCUACUGGAGCAACAGCGGCUGUACGCGGACAGCGAUAGCGGCGACGAUUCGGACAAACGCUCGUGCGAGGAAAGCUGGCGACUGAUUUCGUCCCUCAGAGAAAAAUUGCCCGCCAACAAGGUCCAGUCCAUCGUGAAGCGCUGCGGUCUUCCGAGCAGCGGCAAGCGGAGGGAGCCUCAACGUGUUUAUCAGAUUCCUCAGAGGAGGCGAAUCAGCAAAGACCCAAAGCGCGUCACCGUGGAGGAUCUCCGCUUGCAGGCCGUCAAGGAGAUCUGCUACGAGGUGGCUCUGGGGGACUUCCGCCACUCCCGGCAGGAGAUCGAAGCGCUGGCCAUCGUCAAAAUGAAGGAACUGUGUCGCAUGUACGCCAAGAAGGACGCCAACGAGAAGGACAACUGGAAGGCGGUGGCGCAGGACGUGUGCGACACGGUGGGCAUCGGGGAGGAGAGGAGCCCCCCCUCGGAGGAGGGCGGCGGGGACGCGAGCGAAGGCGGGAAGGCCUACGACCUGAAAGCUCACAUCGACAAGCUGACCGACAUCUUGGAGGAAGUCAAGCUGCAGAACAACAUGAAGGACGAGGAGAUUAAAUCGCUGCGGGACCGAAUGAUCAAGAUGGAGAGCGUCAUCCCCGUCAAGGCGGAGGGCACGGCCGAUCAGAACGAGCGGGCCGACGGCGAAGAAGGCGGCGGCUCGGCCCCCCAGACGGAGGACAGAGUGCAGCGUCUCAUGGACGAGGACCCCGCGUUCAGGAGAGGUCGCCUCCGCUGGCUGAAGCAGGAACAGCAGCGCUUCGUCAACCUACAGCAGCAAAACUUUAGCAAGAAACUACGAGGCCUCAACCAAGGCGAACAAGGUCAAACCGUGCACCUCCCCGGGACGGGCCGCUUCAUCCCGCCGCAGGACUGCAAACUCAAGUUCCCGUUCAAGAGCAAUCCGGCGCACCGCUUCUCCUGGGGACCGGCCAGCGCCGCCCUCCAGGCAUUAGGCCUGGGAGACGGGGGACUCCCGGGGGAGGCGGGGGGUGGCGCCGACGGAGGGGCGGGGGAGGAGAACCCGCCCCCGCCGCGCGUUCGCAGCCCGAGUCCGCAACGCGCCUGGCAACAGCGAGACCGGCAGCGGCCGCGUUACCGGCGAAACUCCUUCGACGGCUCCGCCCACGGCAACGGGGGCUACGGCGAGCAGCACCAAAGGGGAGGGGCUCACCAAGGAAGAGCCAGACCGAGGAGGGGGCCGUCGCCCGGGCCGGGCGGACACCGGGGGGGGAGCGAGGCGGCUUUCCAUUACAACCGACAUCCUCCUCCUCCUCCGCCGCCUCACCACCAUCUUCAUCAUCCGUACUUCAAUGCCCACAAUGCACCAUUCCCAAACUACCACGCCGCGCCGCCCCCUCCUCCGCCUCAAAUCCUCUUGGGCCCGCCCUUGCCCGGGUGGGGCUUCGCCGCCACGCCGCCGCCCCGCAUGAGACGACAGUUCAGCGAGCCGGACCUCGACGACCACCGAGCCCCCUCUGACCUCUGA